AUGGCAAGUGAAGAACCCAGAAAAGAUGCCGUCGAUAAGGUCGAGGCUAGGCCUACACCGAGCCCAGCUACGCCGGCAGGCCCUGUUCCGGGGACAGCACAUUCUCCAUCGGUUUCGUUCGCGCCAACUCGCCCCUUAUACAUUCCGCAGUUCACCGCAGCCACCCAGAUGAUUCUCAAGAGGAUGAAAGGGGAGCCCAGCAGUCUCAGUGCCGCCCUCUCUCAGGCCUCAAGCUCGCCCGCCGUCACCGCGAGCAUCCCCUCGGCGACCUACGAAGAUGUCAAGCGGCGACUGGUCAUGGGCAUGAACAUGUCCACGCAGAUGACCAUCCAGAUGCCCAGUACGGCCCCGGUCCGGUCCACAUCAUCUACCGUACCAGCACCGACAGCACCGAAACCGACGGCUCCAAAACCAGGAAGCGCCACGGCUGGCAUGAGCGCCAUUCGGAAGGUCACUGCCGGACUGACCGGCUUGCCAAAGCACGCACCUGCCAAACCCGCCGCUUCCAAGGUCUCUGCAUCCUCAGAGACCAAACCUACCAAGAAACUAAAGCAAUCCAUCGCGCCCCGAAGCGCGGGCGGGAAGCGCAAACGAACCAAAGGGCACGCCUCGGACGACGACGACGACGACGACGACGACGACGACGACGAAGAGGACAGCGACAUGAGCAGCACCUCGGGCCUGUCUUCGCCGACUGACGCAAACGAAAACCCAGCCAUCACCACCACACCGUCCUCGAGCACGGCGCUUCUGCUAGCCGUGACCAAGUCCGGCCGACAGGUCCUGAAGCCCGCGGCGUACAACCCGGCCGCCAUGGACGCUUACGGUGGCAGCAGGAGAAAGGGGGCCGGUAAUAAGCGCACGGCGGAGCAAGCGCUCUGCAAAAAGUGCACGCGCAUGCACAGCCCUGCGAGCAACCAGAUUGUGUUUUGUGACGGGUGCAAUGAUGGUUGGCAUCAGCUGUGUCAUGAUCCGUGGAUUGAGAGCGAUACGGUGCGGGAUCAGACUAAAGGGUGGUUUUGUGCGGGGUGUUUGUCGGCGAAGAACUUGAAGAGGGAACGGCAGGGUUCGGGUUCGGGGUUUAAGAGGCAGAGGGUUGAAACCGUGACGUCGCAGACUGCGGGCAGAGAGAGCUGGGCAUCCAGAACCGUCCAGCAGAAGCGGGCCUACCUGUCGACGCUGCCGCAGCAGGAGUUGGUUGGGCUGCUGAUGGCGUGCUUGGAGCUGCACCCGGACUUGCCCAUCUUCCCGGCUUCUUCUUCAUCUUCAUCAUCCUCCGAUGGCGUGCCGGGCACCACGCCGCGCUCGCUCUUUGCUGGGACGACGACUGAAGGGCUGUUCCCCCGCGCCGAGGCACAUCCCACGGGCCAGAUCAACUUUGUACGCAAGGUCGCUGCUGCUGCUGCUACGACGAAUGGCAAGGAGGGGAGUCAGGAUAGAAUCGGUGGAGGUGAGGAUGAUGACGAGUUUGACCCGCUCGCGCCGCUGUGGCCGAAGCCCGGCAUGGGCCUGCACAUGCGCCUGCCGGCGGAUACUGAGGACGGGGAGAGGUUGGUGGAUGAUAAUGAUUAUGAGGCUUUUAGUGUUAUUGUGUAUGAUGAGAAGGGGAGGAAGGUGGAGGAGAAUGGGAUGAAGGUUUGA